AGGGAAGAGACCAAGUUCAGAAGAUGUCCGCUCGGUCUCCUCCGUUACCUUUCGAUAGGAUAUGUAAUCUCCUGUCUCAGUUCUACAAGUUUGGAACCAUCGACCAGUCCUCCAUUAAAGAGUUUGAUAGCUGGGAGGACAGGAAUUAUUACUUUGAAGACAAAACCGACAAGUAUGUGUUGAAGAUCAUGCGCGAGAUGCCGUCCACGAGCGUAGACCUGGUACGGGGACUAGCAGAAGUGAUGCUCUAUCUUCAUGAAAGGAGGAUACCUUGUUCCUGGCCAAUAAAAGCACUAGAUGGUAAACCUGUAGUAGUAUUGAAAGAAAACGAGCUGAUUAAUAGCACGAGGUGUGAAACUAAUAAUUAUUUGCCACCUUCUCAUGAAUGCCGUGUCACAAAAGAACAACAGUAUUGUGUGAUGGUACUCACUUUCAUUGAAGGCAACUUGGCAGACGAAUGUCCUAUGACCAGUGAGCUGCUUUUUAACAUUGGGAGUUGUUUUGCAUCUAUGGACAAAGAAUUACAAGAAUUCACUCACCAAUCUAUUGUGAACAGAAGGUACUCGUUUGAUCUCAAGAACCUUUCCAAUGCUAAACCUCACCUAAAGUCCAUAACGGAUCCACAAAGACGAGCUGUUUUCACGAAAAUCAUAAAUACUUUUGAGUCACAGGUCCUACCCGAAGUUCCCUACCUCAGUACAGGGACCAUACACAAUGAUGGCAACAUGAAGAAUAUCAUUGUCAAACAGGGUAGCAGCACUGCUAUUGGUGGAGUGAUUGAUUUUUGUGAUUGCGUACAUUCAUGUCAUAUAUUUGAGUUAGCAGUUCUUGUAACAAUGGCAAUUGAUAGUGUCAAUAUUACUCCUGCCAAGGCUAUUGUUCAAGGCUAUCUAGAGAAGUUACAACUUCCCAAAAGAGACCUUAAUCUCCUUUACUACACUGUAUUAGGAAGGUUGGCUUUAGUAUAUAUUUAUGGUCAAAUGACAUUAAAUGAUGACACCAGCAAUGAGUACAUAUAUGAAGCAGUGCAGACGGCAUGGUCAAAAAGUGAACUGCUACAUAGUAUUUCAAAGGAAGACUUUGACAAAGCACUUUGCUUAUAUAUAUAAAAGAAAACCAUUCAAAAAA